AUGCCUGCACCAGCUGGGUCUACGGCUACUAGGCCACCGUCGUUGAGGUUGCUGAUUGCCAAGCUGAAGGACAUCCAGUCAUCGUUUAAUGAUAUACGACGUUUUAUUGCGAACUUUCGCAGUGACACCAGCAAUUCUAAUGUUGAAAUUCGAUUGGAAAAGCUGGAUGAACUUUGGGAACGGUUUGGAAACAUUGUGGUAGAGAUUAGUAUUCACGAGGACUAUGAGGAGUCAGAGGACCUGGAAAGGGAUAGGGAAGACUUCAGCGACAAGUACUAUGAAGCUAAGUCUUUCCUCGUGGACAAGCUGAAAGAAAGAGAGAUUAGAACCACGUCUGAACAAUCUUUUCGGAAUCCUGAUGCGUCGAUGCAGGGAACCUUUGAGCACGUGAGACUUCCCCAAAUAAAGCUUCAGACAUUUACUGGGGAUAUUGAUGAGUGGCUAAGCUUCAGAGACUUGUUUAAGUCGCUCAUCCAUAACAAAACUGACUUACCUGAUGUGGAGAAGCUCCACUAUCUAAAGGGUUGUUUGCAGGGCGAGCCUAAGAGUCUGAUCGAUCCGCUCCAGAUAACCGCAGGCAAUUACCCAAUUGCGUGGGACUGCUUGCUGAAGAAAUACAACAACAGCAAGCAGCUCAAGAAGCGUCAAAUUCAAGCGUUGAUGAAGCUACCAACGCUCACGAAGGAAUCACCUGGAGAACUACAUACGUUGGUUGAAGGGUUGGAGAGAACAAUAAAGACAUUGGACCAGAUAGUGCAGCCUGGUGAUUACAAGGACCUCCUAUUAAUCAACAUCGUUACUACGCGCCUGGACCCGGUGACUCGGAGGGGCUGGGAGGAGUUCUCGGCGACCAAGGAGCAGGAAACGUAA